UGGAGGGACCGGCUGAUGAAAAUGAAGGCCUGUGGCAUCAACACACUUACUACGUAUGUGCCAUGGAGUCUGCACCAGCCAGAGAGAGGAGCCUUCAACUUCAAAACGCAGCUGGAUUUGGUAGCCUACAUCAGUCUUGCUGCUGAAUUGGAAUUGUGGGUAAUUUUACGUCCAGGGCCGUACAUAUCUUCUGAGCUGGAUCUCGGAGGACUACCGAGCUGGCUGCUCCAAGACGACAGCAUGAGACUGAGGACGACUUACCCAGGCUUCACUCAGGCUGUCAACACUUUCUUUGACAAACUUAUACCAAAAGUGGUUCCACUGCAGUUUAAGAAAGGUGGUCCCAUUAUUGCAGUGCAGGUGGAAAAUGAGUAUGGAUCCUUUGCAAAGGAUGAAAGUUACAUGCUUUUUGUCAAAGAGGCUUUACAGUCCAGAGGGAUCAGCGAGCUCCUACUUACAUCAGACAACCGCAAUGCAUUAAUAUCGGGGGGUGUUAUUGGAGCCAUCAGAUCAGUGAAGCUGCAGAAGCUAAGUCAAAGAGACAUCCAGGAUCUGAAUGCUAUCCAGCCCAACAGCCCUAGCAUCGUCAUGGACUAUUGGACUGGCUGGUAUGACGUGUGGGGUGACCUCCACCAUGUGCUUCCUCCUGAGGAUAUGGUGUCCACCAUCAGGGAAAUCCUGAGACGAGGCAUGUCUGUCAACCUCUACAUGUUCCAUGGAGGCUCCAGCUUUGGCUUCAUGAGCGGAGCACUCACUAAUCCGUCCUACAAAGCACUGGUCACCAGCUAUGAUUAUGAUGCUCCCUUGUCUGAAGCUGGGGAGUACACUCCAAAGUACCAUCUCCUUAGGGAUCUACUUCACCGCUUCAACAUUGAGAGUUUCCCUGACCUGCCAACCCUGCAUUACAGAGAGGCUUAUGAACCAGCUAUCAUGUACCAGCACCUGUCAUUAUGGGAUGCUCUGAGCUUCACUGAGGGACCAUUUAAGUCACUCAGGCCAGUAAACAUGGAGAGUCUUCCUGUGAACAACGGGAAUGGCCAGUCGUUUGGGUACACACUGUAUGAGACCACCAUCACCAGCGGAGGAUUCUUGAAGUCUGGAGACAAUGUCCGAGACAGAGCCUUGGUGUUUGUUGACAGAAACUACAUUGGCCUUUUCAAGCGCCAGAGUGUGGAUCUGGCGGUUCCUGAUGGUAAGGAGCGGCGAACCUUGAGUUUACUGGUGGAGAACUGUGGACGAGUUCACCAGGGAAGGGACCUUGACAAACAACAUAAAGGCCUUCUGGGAGACAUUUUAUUAAACAAUAUUCCCUUGCAGAAUUUUACAAUAUACAGUCUGGAUAUGAAACCCAGCUUUAUUGAUAGUCUUUAUAAUGCACCAUGGAAAUCUCUUCCUGAGAAUCCCGGCUUCCCUGGAUUUUUCAUGGGGAGGAUGUUUGCGUACGGAUAUCCCAGUGACACGUUUGUGAAGCUGCCAGGCUGGGAGAAAGGGGUUGUGUUUAUCAAUGGGCUGAAUCUGGGCCGAUACUGGUCCAUCGGACCCCAGCAGGCUCUCUACCUCCCCAGUCCCUUUCUCAACGGUGGAAUCAACCAGGUCAUUGUGUUUGAGGAGCAAGAGGGAGACUUCAAGGUCCAAUUUGAGGACACACCUGAUCUUGGCAUGGAAGCAGACAUCCAGUGACCGUCAUCAGCGCCUGUAUGAACCUUGUAUUUGUGUAAAACGUGUUCAUCACAUCACAUCAAACCUUCCAAUUAAGAAACAUCACUGUCAUCUUCUUUUUCUUAAUACUUCAAAAAACAUUUACUUCAUGUAUCAAAGACAGAGUGAGACAUAUUUGUAUGGGAGCAGUUUAUAGCUAUGUACAUACAGUACCUUUAAUUCCAGUGACAUAUUGUAUCGAGCAGAAUCACUGUGGACAUCUCGUUUCCUGUGCAUUCCCUGUAAAGUGGGACAGUUUCUGUUUGAGGAUGGCUGUUAUAUAUCAUAGAAUUAGAUUUGUAUUGCUUGUGUGAAUAUUUUGAACAUGUGUUGCCUAGCAUUUACUGAACUGGAAACAGCCUGUAAAACAACAAGUACAACCAAAAAUGGCAGAAGUGGUUUAAACAGCUUUUAAAUGAAACACAAGCAGCAAUGAGGUGACAUCAGACUCUUACUUUAAAGUGACAAGUUGAAGGUUUCAGAUGCUCGCCACAUCGAUAACUGACCAAACUCUGAACAGUCCGAGUCUGAAAGAACAAUGAGUGUUUGUGAGCAGUGCAGCUGUAAGUCAGUGGGGUAUGAAAUCAUCACUUGCCAGCCAGCCAUCCAUGGUUGGAAUAAUUAUACAUUGUAAUAUUUGAAAGGAUGCACAUCCAGUUUUUAGGCGAAUGGCUUCAUAUCCCAUUGUC